AUGUUGAAAUUUCUCAUUCCCUUUGCUGUUCUUUUGAACUUUGCUGCUUGUCGUUUUGUGGAUGAAAACGACGGUAAAUUUUGUGAAGCUGAGACGGAGAGAUUCAAAUUCUGUACUGAAACUUAUGCCAAUUUCACCAGAGACUUGGUUGAAACCCGUAAGGAACUAAUCAAGUUCAGCUCCACUGUUUCUCCAUUAGAGUCACAAUUGGGAGGGGAAUUUAAAAAGUCGUUGAAAUGUAUUGGUGAUUUGGAAUGUAAAGGAGAACGGAAGCUGGUCAAGUUUCUAUUAGACACAUUGGAUUUUUAUACGGACCGAAAGAUAGAAGCCCAAGAGUGCAUGGAAGAUAAAGACAUAUCUCAAUCACUUGGAAAUUGCUUUGUCUCUCAUAAAAAGUUCCCGUUGCCGAAAGGAUUCUCUUCCACUGUCGUCCUAUGUGUCAAAAAGGUUCUCGAUAGUACUGACUGCAGUACAGAACAGAAAGUGGGACUGGAGAGAGGAGGUCGUGCAGUGGCCGAUUUGUACGAUCAGUCAGAUAUGGUCUUUGGGGAUGAAAAUUAUGCAAAAAACUUUGAUUUGAAAUUCGAUCCGAGAAAGUAUGGAUUGUGA